UAGACGUCAUCGCGUACGGGCGUCCUCGGGUUUUGGUUUCCGGGAUUAGUUCCUUCUUUCUCCUUGGGGGGUUAGGUCCGAGCGGUAAGUGGUACAUUGGGGGUUAGCUGUGUCAGUUGUAGAGACCGUGAUCUUGUGGCCGCUCUGAGCCGAAAUGGCAACUAAUUAUUCCCCCAAAGACGAUGACGGUGAGCAGCACAAGAGCAGGAAACCGGACAACACCGCGUUCAAGCAGCAGCGCCUCCCCGCCUGGCAGCCUAUUCUCACCGCAGGCACUGUCCUACCCGCUUUCUUUAUCAUAGGCCUCAUUUUCAUCCCCAUCGGCAUCGGCCUCUUCGUCACCUCCAACAACAUCAAAGAAUUCGAGAUUGAUUAUACGGGCAUUGAACCAAAUUCUCCCUGUAAUAGCUGUGCUAUGAAUGGUACGUGGAAUACUACGUGUACAUGUGAAGUUCCUUUCCAGCUGGAUCAGCCAUUUGAGGGAAACGUUUUCAUGUAUUAUGGAUUAUCAAAUUUCUAUCAGAACCACAGGCGAUAUGUCAAAUCAAGAGAUGACAGUCAGCUUAAUGGUGAUAAGGCUUCUUUAAAAGAUCCCAGUAAAGAAUGUGAGCCAUAUCGAAUGUCUGAUGGAUUACCUAUUGCCCCUUGUGGAGCUAUUGCAAACAGUCUGUUUAAUGAUACUUUAGUACUGUACUACAUAGAUAACGGCACUCGAACUGAGAUUCCAUUGAUUAAAAAAGGCAUUGCGUGGUGGACAGACAAGAAUGUCAAGUUCAGAAACCCAACUGGGGAUUCCAAUUUAUCAACCAUUUUUAAAGGCACCACAAAACCUGUGAACUGGCCAAAGCCAGUGUAUGAACUUGAUCCAACUGAUAAGGACAACAAUGGAUUCAUCAAUGAAGAUUUCAUUGUGUGGAUGCGUACUGCAGCUUUACCUACCUUUCGCAAACUGUACCGGCUUAUUGAAAAAAAGGAUUCGUUGACUGCUACGUUGCAACAGGGAAAUUAUACAUUGCAUGUUACAUACACAUCAGAUCAUUGAACCUUUCUGGAGUCGUAAAAUGAGAUUCGAUUGACAAAGAAGUUGUAAAAGAGAAGUCUUUACUCCCCCAGCUGAAGUAUUACAAAAAGACACAUCCACAACCAGGACUCUCAUAAUAUACUUUUUUCCAAAUCUAAAAAUGAUCAAGAGAAUGUUACCUUGUAUUGUAUAAGAUUACAAUGUUGAGAGAAGUGCAAAGACAGUGUGCAGUAGUACAAAGCAUGAUUACAAUUUACAAAUGGUGUAUCAUGCCAAAUUAUCUAGUAGUAAGGACAGCUAGAAUGUGAAAGCCAAGUCUACAUUUUCAAAUGAAAGUUAAAUUGCUCACUUGUUUCCUUUAGCAGGUGGAAGUGAAUCUAUAAUUGAUCAAAUGAUAAUUAAUUUGAAAAUUGGACUAUGCUAUGAAAUAAUAUGAACACUCAAAAUGCUACUGCAUCAUAUGUUGUCUGGUUUGAUCCCAGGUCAGGGCUGAAUUAACUGAUUUGUUGGGAGUUUUGCAGUUGUCUCAACAGGAUGCCCUCUUCCAAUCUGUGAUCACUGCUGGGAAGUACCUUUUGAGCCAGGACAGGAUUAGGUUCAGAUUUGAUGCUUUCCAAAGUCAAAAGUAGAGUUUAGGCAAUACGUUAUUGAGAACAGCUUGAUGAUAUAACCCCAUAUUUCAUCUGUAGUGCUAUAGAGAGCUGAACAGUUCAAUAUAUGCUGUCAACAUAGGAUUAUGCAAUGACAGAUUUUCCAAAUUAAAUUGAGACCAAAAGUUAAUGUGUCAAAAGUAACAACGAAAGUUGGAUUAAAUAAGCAUUCUUGAAAAUUUAUUCUGGUAAAUAAACCAAUGUUCAAUAAGUGUAAGUUUUAGUUAAGUACUAUACUAGUCUUCCUUUACGAAAAUGUUCAGAUUAUCCAGUGCGCAGCUUUGAUGGGCGAAAAAGAAUGAUCUUGAGCACUAUUUCUUGGAUGGGAGGAAAGAAUCCAUUCCUUGGAAUUGCGUACAUCACUGUCGGUUCUAUUUGCUUCUUUCUGGGAGUCGUGCUACUGAUCAUCCACCACAAAUAUGGAAGCCGCAACACCAGCGCUGAUAUUCCUAAUUAGUAGCAUCUUUGCAACAGAAUAACUGCAUGUGCAUCCAUCCAAAGUUCUGAUAUAUGAUGAAGCUUUAGGAAAAUCUUAGAAAGCAACUCCCAGUCAUUGUACAUGAAAUGAGGUUUGGCUGUGUCUUCGAUGCAUUGUCAACUUGUGAUUGAUGUCUGCAAAAACAUGUUGAGACCAUUUUGAUUUGCAAGUGAAGCAGUGUAGUGCAAAAUUGCUUGAUCACAUUGUUUAAACAACCAACGUUAAUGGCUAUAAAUUUUAAAACCUGUGCAUAUAAAUGUUGGUAUUCUUGGACCUAGAAAUUGCUUUAAAUAUUUCUUGAGCAAUGGUAAAAAUUAAUUGUACUUUUGCUCUUACUUACCAACCAGAAAUUGUCAGUGAACUGUGCAAGUUCAAAUAAGGACCUAAUGAGAUGUACGUUAUUUUCUGUACAUAUGGUGAGUAUUUCCCCUUGGUAUUAACAAACUGUGACUAGCUCUAGUGAUUGUUAAGUAAAACACAACACUGGUCAAAUGCAUAUAUAAUAGUCAAUAUGUCUUAUCUUCAGUUCUUGUACAUAAUUGUUUUGCCUCUUCCUGUGAAAAUGAAAAAUUGAAAUUAUUUUGCUUAGUGUUUUUGAUCAAUGCAUUCACAUUCCACCAAUAAAUAACUAAUUGGCAGUUGGAAUUUUAGGAGCGGAAAACUGAAAUCAGUAUUAUAGUUCAACACAAAAUAUCACAGAUCGUAAUCCUAUUAUGCUAUAAAGUAUCUUCAAAUAACGUUGAUUUCCAAAAGCUCUAUACCCAUUAUUCUUGUAAUAUCUUUUCUAGACCAACCUGGCCACAGAUGGUGCAAUUAAAAGCUAUUUUAGCGGGGUAACAAAAGCCUUCUGUUGCAAAGAAAGUAAAUGGUGAGCUGGUAACCACUGGAGUCCAUGCUGAGUAGUUGCAAUUUUCAUGAUCUAUGUUGUCAAUCAUCCCUUGUUUUUGAGGUCAUUAGCUCCUUUACUACAAAGUGUUGAGGGAAUUAGUGUGUAUUUCCUUUUUAUGGGAGGCAAAUUAGGGAAACAAUGAUGGGGUUAGUAGGUAUUGGGGGGUGGGGGGGGGAAGAGAGGUGGUGGUGCUGGAAUCUAAACUUUGACAACCAAGUGUAAAUUUUGCCAGUUGUAAUUUUAUUGGAAUGUAAAUGAUAUUAUUGGUAUGAAAAUAAAGGUCUGGCUGUAAAUGGCUCAAUGUUGCUGUGUUUUGUGCUGGAGAAUUUAUUCUAGUGCAGAUCUGGGAGGGGGAGGUUUUGUUUCUCUUGAGAAAUUAAGCAAACAGUUUCCUUUUCCGGUUCCACUCUUUGUUGUGAAAUUCUGCUCAGUUGGUUGAAACAAAGAAGUAUUUUCUUCGGGGGCUGAGGAAUGAAUAUUGUGCACUUAAGAAUGCACAGACCACAGCAUAAAUCGGCCAAGCCACAGUGAGUUAAAAGUAUUGUUCUAGCUACGGUUGGGGAAAAAAAUGCUUGUUAAAUGAAUGUAAUUAAAGUUUAUUUAUCACCACUUUUGAAAAUUUGUAUUUUUUUAAAUAAUUAAGUUGUUUCUAAAGAUUGUUGAAGGUUGCUUUAGUCUGUUGCCAGCUGGAUUAAAGAUCUUUUCAGAUGAUACAUACACUUAAUCUUUUGACACACAGAAAGCUCCUUGUUGUUUUAUGUGGCCAGUCUCUGGAGUUAGGAAAUAGUGGAUUACAGAAGUUUGAAUUAAAAUUUGUUUAGUCUGCAUUGCAAUACAUAAGAGUUCAUAAACUGACUUUCAUUGUUAAAGGAAUCCUUUUUGAAAUUAAUCAGUUUGUUGAAUUCAAUGCUCAUGACCUGUUCAACAUAAUUUGACUUUUCUUGAAAGCAGUUGAAAACUCUCCAUCCAGCAAUUGGGUACUAUCUAACAUCCUUUACAAGUAUACAAGUAUCCAUUUUGAGGUGUGACGAGUGAUGUUUAUAUCAAAUAUUUUGUGUUUCAAUAAGGUGCAACUGCACCUACUGACCUUGCAUUUGUGCUGAUAGAUCAAUAAAGUCAUAGUUCAAAGCUA